CUCCCAGUCCCUGCUGUGCCGGCUGAUGAGACUGAGCCAUGACGCUGCCCGUCCUCUACUGGGCCCUGCUGCUCCUGGCAUCAGCCCCUGGGCAAGGCCCCCAGCCCGCAUCAGGUUUGGGAAGCUGCUCCCAUCGCUGUGGGGAGCAGAGUGAGCUGUGUUCCUGCCAUCCAACCUGCAAGGGUCUGCAGAACUGCUGCUCUGACUUCCUGCUCUUCUGCCUGGAGGUUACACCCUACUCAGGCUCCCUGAUGGGGGGCAAGGACUUCAUGGUGCAACACCUCCGUUGGGACAGCUCCGCCAAAGGCGUGAUCUGCAGGUUCAAUGAGCGCAUCGAGACCCUCGGUCACGUAGACAACCAGGGACGCGUACAUUGUGUAUCUCCCUUGCUCUACGAGACCGGCCGCAUCCCCUUCACAGUCUCGAUGGACAAUGGCAUCUCUUUCCCACGCUCGGGCACCUGGCUGGCUGUGCACCCCAGCAAAGUGUCCCAGACAGAGAAGAGCCAGCUGGUGAAUGAGACCCGCUGGCAAUACUACGGCACCGCUAACACCACGGGUGAGCUCACCCUGAACUGGAGCACCGAGGCCCUGCCUGCGCAAGGCGUCAACAUCGAACUGUGGGGCUACGAGGAAGAAGGGAAGCCAUACUCAAGUGAGUGGACAGCUCACUGGUCAUACCUGUACUCCUUGGCCAAAAACAUCCCCAACUCUGGCACCUUUACGUUCGUUCCAAAACCUGCGGCUCAAAUGUACCAGCGAUGGAAAGUGGGUGCGCUUCGUAUCAGCAGCAGCAGACACUCCGAGGGAGAAAAGGAUGUGCACUCACUCUGGAGCAACGAGCACGCCCUGGCCUGGCACCUGAGCGAAGACUUCCGGAAGGACCCCGUGGCCUGGGCCAGGGCUCAGUGCCUGGCCUGGGAGGAGCUGGAGGACCAGCUGCCCAACUUCCUGGAAGAACUGCCCGACUGUCCCUGCACCCUGACCCAGGCCCGGGCUGACUCCGGCCGCUUUCAUACGGACUACGGCUGCGACAUGGACCACGGCAGCGUGUGCACCUACCACCCGGGGGCCAUCCACUGCGUGCGCUCCGUGCAAGCCAGCCCCAAGUACGGCUCGGGCCAGCAGUGCUGCUACACCAAGGAGGGCACGCAGCUCCUGACAGCCGACUCGACCAGCGGCAGCACCCCAGACCGCGGCCACGACUGGGGGGCGCCCCCGUUCCGUGCCCCGCCCCGCGUGCCCGGCCUGUCCCACUGGCUCUACGACGUCAUGAGCUUCUACUACUGCUGCCUCUGGGCCCCCGAGUGCCCUCGCUACAUGCGGCGGCGGCCCUCCAGCGACUGCCGCAGCUAUCGGCCCCCUCGCGUGGCUUCCAUUUUUGGGGACCCACACAUCAUUACCUUUGAUGGUGCCAACUUCACAUUCAACGGGCAGGGAGAGUAUGUGCUGCUGGAGGCGGAGCUCACCCAACUGCAGGUGCAGGGACGGACCCAGAAUAGGACGGCAACCCACGGUCCCAUGAUAAGGGGCACAGGGCUGGUGGCCGUGGCCGUCCAGGAGGGGGACUCGGACAUGGUGGAGGUCCGGCUGGCUGCCAGCGUCCUGCAGGUGCUGCUGAACCAGCAGGUGCUCAACUUCACCGAGCAGAGUUGGAUGGACCUGCAGGGCAUGUUCCUGUCAGUGGCAAAUGAAGACAAAGUAUCGGUCAUGCUGUCAUCGGGAGCUGGUCUGGAGGUCAGCAUCCGGGGCCAGUUCCUGAGUGUGUCCGUCCUGCUGCCUGAGAAGUUCCUUAACCACACACAAGGCCUCCUGGGAACCCUCAACGGUGACCCCACAGAUGACUUCACCCUGCCCAAUGGGAAGGUCUUGUCUUCCAACGCCAGUUCCCGAGAGAUAUUUGAGUUCGGAGCUCACUGGGCUGUGAAGAACACUUCAUCCCUGCUCACCUACGACUCCGUGGACCUGGUCCAGGCAUUCCUCUAUGGGCCCAAGCACGAUCCCACCUUCAAGCCCCUCUUCCCCGAGGAGAUAUCCCUCAACCCAGGCCAAGGAACUGAGGUGACCAAAUUGUGUGGGGACGACUAUUUCUGCAGCUUUGACGCGGUGGCCACUGGGAGCCUGGACGUGGGCAACGCCACACGGAUGGCCCAUCAGUGGCACCAGUGGCUCGUGCAGAGCCUGCAGCCAGUGGUCUCCUGUGGCUGGCUGGCCCCACCCCACAAUGGGCACAAGGAGGGCAUCAGGUAUCUAGCAGGCUCCACCAUCCACUUCAACUGUGACAGCAGCUACAGCCUGGUGGGGGCGAGGGCCAGCAUCUGCCAGAGUGAUGGCACCUGGUCCAGGCUCACCCCAACUUGCGAACCAGGCCGGAGCUACACGGUGCUGCUGAGUAUCAUCUUCGGGGGGCUGGCCGUGGUGGGAGGGGCCGUGCUGCUGUACAUGCUGCUGCGACACAGGAAGAGCCUCAGGACCCGCUGGAGCUCACAGCCCUGAGCACCUGGGGCAGGAGGCCAACAACCAGCCUCCCAGGAAAAAGGCCUACUCUCCCCAGACUUGGAUCCCCAGGUCCCUACACCCCAUCCGUGGGAUCUGGAUGCCUGAUACCUGAGCCCUCAAUGCCUGAGGACCCAAGGCCAGUGCCCAGCUUUGUCACAUUACCUGGACCUGGCCCUGGCCGCCCACCCUGCCCUGGCUCAGCUCCAAAGCCUGUCACUUUCAGGGCCAUGGCCAAGUCCUCUGACAAGGACCCAAAUUCCAGGCCCCUGACCCCAGGCUCUGACUGUGCAGCUCCUGAGGCCAGCACUCAGAGCUCUGCUCCCCAAUUCCCAGACCCAGCACUCCACACCCUUGAAUUUCAGUGCCCACACCAGAGCCCCGGCCUCCCUAUACCUAUACUCCAAUGCCAGUACCUCAGAUCCCAUGAUCCCUGAUGUACUGAGACCUGGUUGCCACUAAGGAGCUCAGGACUGAUCCCUGGUCAGGCUGCAUGGACCCAGCAGCGGAGAGACCUCAGGUCCUGAAUGUGAGGUCACCUUUGUGUUCUAGACUUAUAGUUUUACGUCUUCUGGAAAGUAACUUGAAAUCCCUCUUUUGCCUAUAGAAAGAGAAAAUAAGCUUGUGGUGUCGCUGUC